GCGUUAACCCUCCUCCAGCUUUGGGACUUGGAGGAAUCAGGUGGAAGUUUGUAUGAGCUGUGUGUUACAGUGUGAGGCUGAGUGCUGGAAUGGCGGACUGCAGCGCGGUGCUGUGAGAGGGUUGUGGUUUUCUGCGGGACUGAGACAAGCUGCUGCUGCUGCUGUUGGACCCCAUUAGCGCACAGUCAUGCUGCGUUUCCUGCGGCGGACUCUGGGCCGGCGCUCUGGCCGUAAGCAUGCUGAGAAAGCUCGGCUCCGGGAAGCCCAGCGUGCACAAACGCACAUCCCUGCAGCUGGAGAUGCCACGUCUAUUAUCACUUGCCGAGUAUCGUUGCUGGAUGGCACGGAUGUCAGCGUCGACUUGCCGAAAAAAGCCAAAGGUGAGGAGCUGUUUGACCAGAUCAUGUAUCACCUGGAUAUCAUUGAGAAAGAUUACUUUGGUCUGCGCUUCAUGGAUUCUGCACAAGUGCCGCACUGGUUGGAUGUGACGAAAAGCAUUAAAAAGCAAGUCAAAAUCGGUCCUCCGUAUUGUCUCCACAUGCGGGUUAAGUUCUAUUCCUCCGAGCCCAACAACCUGCAUGAGGAGUUAACACGAUACCUGUUUGUGCUGCAGCUGAAGCAGGACAUCCUCAGUGGCAAGUUAGAGUGUCCUUUCAAUACAGCGGUGGAGUUGGCAGCCUUCUCUCUGCAGGCUGAGCUGGGUGACUGUGACCCUGCAGAGCAUGGCCUUGACCUGGUGUCAGAGUUCCGCUUUGUCCCGGAGCAGACGGAAGAGAUGGAGGUGGCUAUCUACAAUGCCUGGAAAGACUGCAGAGGCCAGAUGCCUGCACAGGCUGAGAUAAACUACCUGAACAAGGCCAAGUGGCUGGAGAUGUAUGGGGUUGACAUGCAUAUGGUUAAGGCCAGAGAUGGAAAUGAGUACAGUUUGGGACUGACUCCUACUGGAGUGCUAGUCUUUGAGGGCGAAACCAAGAUCGGCCUGUUCUUUUGGCCCAAGAUCACACGGUUAGACUUCAAAAAGAACAAGCUGACCCUGGUGGUGGUGGAGGAUGAUGAGCAGGGCAAAGAGCAGGAGCACACGUUUGUAUUUCGCAUGGACCAUCCCAAGGCCUGUAAGCACUUAUGGAAGUGUGCGGUGGAGCAUCAUGCUUUCUUCAGGCUACGUGGCCCCGUCCAGAAGGGUUCCUCCCGCUCAGCCUUCAUCCGCAUGGGCUCCCGCUUCAGAUACAGUGGAAAGACAGAAUAUCAGACCACGAAGGCGAACAAAGCUCGGCGGUCGGCUACGUUUGAGAGACGGCCCAGCCGCCGCUACUCCAGAAGAACGAUGCAGAACAGAGGUCCAUUUGUUCCCAAAUCCCCAGAGAACCAGAAUAAUGGAGUCAGUCCCAGUCAAGAGACAAAGUAUGUCCAGUCUCAGUCUGCAUGGCCUGGAGUGUCCCCAGUCUCCAGCCAGCCCUUGCCACAGGGUCCAUUGACCAUCGAAGCUCUCCCCAAGAGUCCUGGCGGCAGCCAAUCAGCGAAGAGGAGCAUGCCUGACGUAGUCGACCUGCUGGAGACCUGUGUGGACGACCUCAUCCGGACACCUGUUCCCAUGGCAACGGCAGGCUCGUCUGAAGAAGUGGGACCUCGUGUUGCUUUGUCCACCCCCAGCGCAGUCACUGAGAACCUGUCUUCUCUCACUGACGCUGCAGCUCGAUUAAAGCAGCUGGAGAUCGAGAGCACACCGACCUCUACUCCUGCUCGCUCUAACGUCAAUGUCAACACGAACAACCAGGAGGACGUGCUGAAGCUAACGGAGAAGAGUCUGAGCAGUGUGAGCAGCAGUCCUGUCCUGAGCCAGCUAAAAGCACCAGAUGAGCUCAAGAGCAACAUCGUCAGAGCAGAGGCAGUGUUCAGGGUGCCUCCAGGCACAAGAGAAGAAAUUGGAGUGACUGGGGAAAAGAACUGUAACCUUCAGGAAGCAGCAGCCAGGCUGAAAGAUCGAGGUGGGCCGACAGGAAGCACUUCCUCUCUGACAGUGGGCAGCCGGGACACAGUGAUGCAGUCGUGCUCCAGCAGCCUUGAAGUAAAAGCAGAUGAGUUCAUCUCCUCUUCGUCUAGCGUGCCAGCCGAACCAGUGAAUGAAACCGCUUCAGCCAAGGACAAAGCAGAGGAGCGGGAGACACGUACAGCCCCUCAGAUCGAUAACCUGAUAGACUUCACUGACCCUGCACCAGUACAGGUGCAGCCGCCUAAACCAAUCAUUACACCUCGAUGGAUCGUUCCAGCAGCUCCACAGACUGGCACCUUUACUAACGGCCUCCUAGAGCUUAACAAAGCAACGAUGGCAGCACAGCAUAGUGAAGGCGGCGCUCCUGCCUCCCUCCCUCAUCUUUCUCACACUCAUAAUGUGAUUGCCACCAGCAUUGUGGCUCCGCCUCUGAGGAACAACCACAGACCCAAGGGCCUGCUGACCACUGAACUCUAAGACGCUCACGUCCAGCAGUAUCAACUACCUGAAAACUUUACCGUUAUCCCCUCUCUCUCACACACACACACACACAUUCCAGCACGAAGACUUUAAAGAGCCUGUGAAGAGUAGAUAUGAUAUCAGGUUCAGCCUUGUCAAGACCCACAUCCGACCAACACUUCAGUUUUAUGAUGUAGUAGUAAUGAUAACGAAGGAUGCAGGAGGAUGUUUGGAGGCCGCGGUUUAUUUUCCGCUCUUCUCAGUACAGUGACUCAGGGGACUUGUGAACAGAAUCGUGGUGUUGCUCUGCCCUCUGCUGUUCUCACACAUCGUCCUGUUACUUCACUGUGAAAGAGCAACCAGCUGGACCACUACACAUCCCCAAUACUGGAAACUUUUAUUUAUAGCUCCGACAUAGUCGUUUUUCCUUUUCUCUUUGGCUUCCUGUAAUAUGACAGUGUUCAGUAUUCAGUAUCAACAUUUAAGUACUGUAUUACAAACCGGAUUAUUAUUCAAGGAUAAUAUUAUGUAGCACUGGAUGACAUGCAGUCUUUGAAUGAUUGAGCCAAUUUUAUUCUUAUAUAUAUGUGGUGUUUUUUUUUUUUUUUUUUAAACCCACACUAUCAGUGCUGUUUUUAUCUUUGUAGUUGCGUUAUGACCUGCCUUAUUUUAAGUGUACGUCACAGGUGUUAGUUCGCUAUGUUACGAAUCUGUUUUUCUUUUUUAAUCCUUGUUGUCUUACCGAACUGCUUUUGACUACAAUAAUUCACCGGCUCUUUAGUCGCGGGGGUGCGUAAUGAUAAUCGUCGUUUAGUCACGACACUGUAGGGACUGUGAACAGCGUGACGGCGUUCAGGCAGACUGACAGUUCGGCUGCGGCGCAGGUCGGCUAGCUUGUAUUUUUGUCACUGAUAAAGUACAGAAUUGCUUAUGCUGUGUUCGUUAUUGUCUCCUCUGGGUGUCUUAUUUCCAUGUUGUCUGCUAGCUCGGUCACACCUUCGUGUCUGUACCUAGAACGCUAGCUGGUAAAAAAAAAAAGAAAUGUCACUCGAUGCUGAAGUUGUACUGAAAUUAGUUUUGACGUGUAUCCUCUAAGACUGCAUCUUUUGCAUUAACGUUAAUCGUUUUCUUCAUGUCAGUGUCAUGAAUCACAACUGCGAUCGUUUCUCUAGCAGUCUGGCUUUAAUUUAUUCCUUUUUUCUCCCUCACUCUGUCUGCUAUAAGAGCACACUUUCAUGCUGUAGAGAUAUUAUUGACUUCUUUAGUGAGAUCACUGUACUGAUGUAUAUCAUGUCUUUACACUGAAGAACCUUAGAGCACCUUUUGUCAUUUUGUAU